AUGGCGCUCACGAGCUGGAAAGAAUUCCCUUUCUUCAACGUCACUCAAGUGCCUGUCCCCGCCGACGAGGACGGGUCGUAUGUCUUUGAUAAUGAUGUUGUUUCGUUGACGACUGGUUACGACUCUCUCUUUCUUGGAAACUCCGAUGGCUCGGUCCGCAUUCUCUCUCGUGCUCUGAAAGUCGUCCGGAGCUUUCGAGCCUCAGACGUCGCAGAUGCGCCAGUCACCCAUUUGAGGCAACUCCCCAAUACUCCCAUCCUCGUUACCAUAUCCGAAAACCUGUCCAGCGAUCCCCUCCUCAAAGUUUGGGCUUUGGACAAGACGGAGAAGAAGACGGGAGCCCCUCGGUGUCUUUGCACGAUUGCGGUCCAAAAUGGGAGGAGACAGUUCCCCGUAUCGGCCUUGGUGGUCUUAGAUGACUUGAGUCAAGCCGCUGUUGGCUUCGCUAAUGGAUCUGUGACUGUCAUACGGGGUGAUUUUGUUCACGAUCGAGGGACGCGACAGAGAACAGUCUUUGAGUCGGAAGAUCCGGUGACAGGCUUGGAAGUCAGACAAGGCCCGGUCAAAGUACUAUACAUUGCGACAACGGCCAAGAUUUGCAGUCUCAUAAUAUCCGGCAAAGGCCAGGGUCAACCAGUCCGAACUGUCGACAAUCGGGGCUGUAAUGUUGGCUGCAUGACACAAGAUGUUGAGGGUGAAGACAUCGUGGUUGCUCGAGAAGAUGCGAUUUACUACUAUGGUCCGAAUGGACGAGGGCCCAGCUAUGCCUUCGAAGGCCCAAAGAAGGCUGUGAAGAUGUACAAGGAGUAUGUUGCUAUCGUCUGUCCACCACGUGUAGCACAAGUUUCCAAAUCCAAGACCUUCAGGAAACUUGGAGGUGACGAGAUUGAUCAAUUAUUCAGCAGCUCUUCUUUCACCCUACUUGACACCGACCUCAAGUACAUCGCCCACAAUGAGUCUUUGCCUACGCAGGUCAAGGACGUUUUCAUGGAAUGGGAAGAGUUAUUUCUGCUGACGGUGGAUGGCAAGCUGUAUAGAUAUCAGGAGAAACCCCUGCAACAGAAGCUCGAAAUUCUGUAUGAGCGGCAUUUGUACCUCUAUGCCAUCAACCUCGCACAAAAGUCCGGGGCCGACAAAACCCAACAAAAUAUCAUUUUCCGAAAGUAUGGCGACUACCUCUAUCAGAAGGGCGAUUACGACACGGCUAUGCAGCAGUAUCUGAGAGCCAUUGAGAAUACCGAGCCCUCGCAGGUCAUUCGGCGCUUCCUUGACACCCAACGAAUACAUAACUUGAUUGAUUACCUCGAAGAAUUGCACGAGCACGACAGGGCAACGGCCGAUCAUACGACAUUACUCUUGAACUGCUACGCAAAAUUGAAAGAUACAGAAAAACUGGACGCCUUUAUACGCGCCCCUGGAACUGCAAAGUUCGAUGUUGAGACCGCAAUCGCAAUGUGUCGUCAGGGAGGCUAUUUUGACCAAGCUGCAUACCUUGCCACGAAACACGGCGAGAAUGAGUUGGUCAUCGACAUUUUGAUAGAAGACUCCAGGAAGUACGCUGAAGCGUUGCAGUAUAUCUGGCGUCUGGACGCCAGCUCAGCAUAUCCGGUGCUGAUGAAGUACGCACGCAGCCUCAUUGAACAUUGUCCUGAAGAGACGACAAAGCUCUUUAUCGAGUACUAUACCGGGCGUUACGCGCCGAAGAAGGAUGUGCCAGCCGUGUCGGAGGUUCAGGCACAGACUGGUGGAAGCGCUUUCCAAAGUCUCUCGGCCCUUUGGACCCUACCCUUCAUGAACCGAUCUUCCGUUCCAGAUGUCGCGGCUUCGGCAACAAGGGAACAGACGGACAGCGAUCAGACUUCAGAGCCUGAUGGGCUACGGCCCGCCGCUUACACCGUACCACGGCCCCGGAGCGCCUUUUCUUCGUUUCUCGCUCACCCCUCUAAAUUCAUCACCUUUCUGGAAGCUCUCAUACUCCAACCGAACCUGUCGAAGGAGGACAGCUCGGACUUGUCGACCACGCUUUUCGAAAUGUAUCUGGAAGCGGCAAACUCGGCCACAGACAAUACAGAGAAGGAAAAGUGGCAGGUGAAAGCCAUCAGUCUAAUUGCUGAUAACAAAACAGAAUCGCUUGAUGAGUCAUCGAUUGAUACUUCCAAUGUGCUGCUGCUGUCAUCUCUUUCCAAAUUUCCAGCAGGAACAACACUUGUGCGCGAACGGGAGAAUUUAUAUGCCGACAUAUUCCGAUCGUACACAUCUGCAAAGGACACGUCCGGCGCUAUAUCAUCACUCAGAAAAUACGGCUCCAAAGAUCCGUCGCUCUAUCCGCUUGCACUUGGUUAUUUCUCUUCGUCGGCCGAAGUAUUGAAAGAGCCAGGGGUCAAGGAAGAACUCCAGAAUGUGCUCCGCAAGAUCGACCAGGAGAACCUGAUGGCGCCCCUUCAAGUAGUAAAAGUGCUGUCGCAGAGAGGCGCCGUGACCAUGGGUAUGGUCAAGUCCUAUCUUUCGGAUAAUAUUUCCAGAGAGCGAAAGGAAAUCCAAGCCAACCGACGUCUGAUCGACUCAUACCGCACGGAAACCGCCUCGAAGAAGUCCGAACUUGCCGAUCUCGGGUCGAAGCCGUUAGUGUUCCAAGCGCGGCGGUGCUCAUCCUGCAGCCGAAACCUGACCCUACCAACGGUCCAUUUCAUGUGUAAACAUUCAUUUCAUCAAGAAUGCCUGAACAAGCCGGGAGCAGGCAUUGAUGAAGAUGACAAUGUCGAAUGUCCUCUUUGCAAACCUGGCAAUGACACGAUACGCGCUAUCCGACGGCAGCAACUGGAAAGCACCGAGCAGCACGAUUUAUUCAAGGCAGCAUUAGCGAGGAGUCAGCAUCGGUUCGGUACGGUCAGCGAGUUCUUUGGGCGAGGAGUCAUGGGAACCGCACCUGCCGGGGAUUGA